GCGAGGUACAUCGAGGAGAACCAACUACAUCCCCCGACAUUUCCCCCCUUUUUCCCAAACACACCAACACUGACAAAUCGCCGCAUAUGAAUCCCCCGGUGGCUUUGGAAUCCUGCGAACCCGCGUCUCGCGCCGCGCUCCGUCGGGCGCGUCGGGUCUGUGUCAAGGCCGGUACAUCCGUCGUAGCGAAUGAAGACGGACGGCCUUCGUUGACGCGUCUCGGCGCCAUGACGGAACAAAUCGCCGACCUCGUCCAAUCGGGCAUUCAAGUCAUUCUCGUAUCCAGUGGAUCUGUGGGAAUGGGGAAGCGACUCUUGCGCAAACAACGGAACCUGCAAAUGAGCUUUCGGGACAUUCACAACAACGAUCACUACUACGACUCGGCCUGUGCGGCCGCGGGACAGUUCGAAAUGAUGAAUCUCUACUGCGGGUUGUUCGCAUCGUACGAUAUUACCGCCUCGCAAAUUCUCGUUACCCAGACAGACUUUGUCGACGAAUCGCGUCAACGGAAUUUGCAGUAUUCCAUUGAGCGACUGCUGGGGUUGGGAAUCGUCCCCAUUAUCAACGAGAAUGAUGCCGUCUCGGCCAAUAUGGGAUACACUGCGGACGACGUGUUCUCCGACAAUGAUUCACUCGCGGCCCUCUGCGCCCGCCACUUUGGCGCCGAAGUAUUGCUGCUGUUGACGGAUGUACCCGGGGUCUUUGAUCGACCACCAACGGAACCAGACGCCACUCUGCUGCGAUUGUACCAAUCGCAACCCGUCGCUAUUGGGGAAAAAUCCAGUCAAGGUCGCGGCGGCAUGGCCUCCAAAAUCGACGCCGCCUUGUCCGCCGUCCAACCCGGAUCAACCUGUUGUGCCUGUGUCGUGGCGGCAGGGAACGAUUUGAACGUCAUUCGUUCGGUUCUCGCCAAAACACCACCGACCACAGCCGCCGUGGCCGAUUUCGUCUCGGACACCCACCAAGACGCGAGUGUUGCCGAACAAACACGAAUCUUGGCGACGGCAGCCCGAACACAAGCGCGUAAACUCCAAGCCUUGCCGUAUGGGGCACGACAAACGAUUCUCAACGCCGUCGCGGAUGCCUUGCUCACCCAUCAGGAGGCCUUGAUGGAAGCCAACUUGCUCGAUUUGCAAGCAGCCGAGCGGGAUGGCGUUAGUGAGGUGUUGAAGAAGCGUCUGGGUCUGACGCUCCAAAAGUUUGACACGCUGGCGGCUGGUAUACGCCAAAUUUCGGCCAACAAGGACCCACUCGGUGUCAUACACAGCAGGCGUGAAUUGGCGGACAAUCUUGUCUUGUCGCAAGUGACGGUUCCGAUUGGCGUAUUGCUUAUUAUUUUUGAAUCGCGUCCAGACAGCAUGCCGCAAAUUUCUGCGCUGGCUCUGGCCUCAGGCAAUGGACUGUUACUGAAGGGAGGAAAGGAAGCAACGCAUUCGAACGCAGCCAUACACAAGGUUAUCGGAGACGCGAUUGAAGAAAGCAGUGGAGGAGAAAUUACCAGAGAUAUCAUUGCAUUGGUAACAAGUCGAGGACAGGUGGCUGAUUUACUGAGUCUAGACGACGUGAUCGACUUGGUCAUCCCUCGAGGGAGCAAUGACUUGGUAUCGUACAUCAAGUCCCACACGAAGAUUCCGGUCCUCGGACACGCCGACGGCGUAUGUCACGUCUAUGUGGAUGAGUCCGCCGCUGCGGAUGCCGCAAGCAAACUGUGCGUGGAUGCCAAAACGGACUAUCCAUCGGCUUGCAACGCCAUGGAGACACUUUUGUUGCACGCAGCAACGCUUUCCAACGGGGUAGCCGCUGCGACGCUCAUGGCCCUGCGAGCAUCCGGAGUGCAGUGUCUAGGAGGACCGGCCGCAAUGAAAUCUGGGUUGUGCGAUCGGGCUGCCCCAGAACUCAAACAUGAAUACGGGGACUUGACCUGCUUGGUCGAGGUCGUUCCGAACCUAGAGGCCGCAAUUGAUUGGAUCCACAAGUACGGUAGUGGUCAUACCGAAGCGAUUGUCUGCGGUGAGGAGAGUGACGUUGGUGAGGAAUUCUUACGAAAGGUUGAUGCAGCUUGUGUCUUUCGCAACGCAUCGACACGAUUCGCCGAUGGCUUUCGAUUUGGCUUGGGCGCUGAAGUGGGUAUAUCGACCGGUCGUAUUCAUGCACGUGGCCCCGUAGGCGUGGAAGGUUUGCUGACGACGAAAUGGCAACUGCGA